UAGAACUUUCAGUGUUUACUGUCAGUCAAUGAUUUAUUCCCACACUGGUUUCAAAGGCCUGCCUGUGGCACAGGAGAUAUUAAGAACUUGUAACCUACGGUUCAUUCUCUCCUAAAUGUGGCUUGGAAAAAGAAAAUCAUGAUGCUGUGCUCCUUGCGAUGUGCAUGUCUUGUGGUGUUGGGAAUAAAUCAUUUCCUGUCCGUGGAGGCAUUUUAUGAUCAGAGGGAAACAAAGGAAAGCAGAUGUGUUGUCUUUGAAAGGGUUCGGAACGCAACUGUAAGAAUGGCCAGAGGCAUAGAUACGCCAGCUCCUAUUGAUUGCAAGAUGAAGCCGUGGUCAGCAUGGACGUCCUGCUCUUCAUGUAAAGGCACAAUGCAUCGCUUCAAGUACCUGGAGCAGGCAACUCAGUUCGGCGGCACAUUGUGCGGGAGCGGGCAGUGGGAGGAUAAGGCGUGCCCCAAGGACGUGGCCUGCGAGAAGCAGCACAAGUGCACAGAGGCCUUCACCUGCACGGAGACAGGACGCUGCGUGAGCGAGAAGCUGCGUUGUAAUAGAGACCUGGACUGCAGGGAUGGGUCAGAUGAGGAUGACUGUGAGGAAGAUGACAUUAUUGAAGGCCCCUGCUCUCAUCUGUUCCCCAUUCCAGGUUCUGAGGCAGCCACUCGCGGAUACGACAUACUGUCCCAGGGGUUUGUCCUACCCACUGUUGAUCCUACAUACUAUGGAGGCAUCUGUGAAUAUGUCUACAAUGGAGAGUGGAGAAAGCUUGUGUACGAUGCUUUCUGUGAAAACAUGUACUACAAUGAUGAUGAGAAAUAUUACCGGAAACCCUAUAACUUCCAUACCUAUCAGUUCAUGGGCAAAGCUGAAUCUGUUGGUUCCAGUGAAUAUUAUGAAGAUGCUUCCAGCUUACUUAAUGCCAGGAAGCAGGAGAAAUCCUUCAAUCUUGGAAUCACGGUCGGAAUAUCUAUGGUAGAAUUUGGUUUGUCAGGAAGCUCUGAAUCCCAGUUCAUGAAUAAUAUUUCUCAGUACCAGGAACAAAACAUGGGAUUCGUGAGGCUGUUGUCCAAAGUACAGACUGCGCAGUUCAAAAUGAGGAGCAGCGGUCUGAUGCUGGAUGAGGACUUGUUCCAGUCCCUUGUGGAGCUGCCAGAGGAGUACGACUUUGGCACAUACUCUCGCUUCCUCAGCCAGUAUGGGACACAUUACAUCACCUCUGGGAUCAUGGGAGGAGUUCUCGAGUACAUUGUGGUCAUCAAUAAAAAGGCCAUGGCACUGUCUGAAAUGACUGGAGAGCAGGCAGGACUAUGUCUUGGUGUAUCAUUGGGGUGGAGUCCGAAUAUAAAUGUGAAACUGAAGUUGUCAGGUUGUGAAAAGACUGGGCAACUUGACAAUGAUAAACAGUCUUCUGACAGUUUCAUAAAGGAUGUGAUCAGUAGAAUCCAAGGGGGCAAUGUUGCAGCCACCCGAGGCCUGUUGGUGAGAGAUGAGAAGUCCUACAGCAAAUGGGGUGACUCGCUGAAGUAUAACCCUGCUGUCAUUGAAUUUGAGAUGCUCCCAUUGUAUGAGCUGGUCCGUUUCAGCACUGUGGGUGGAUCCAUGAAAGGGAAAGUGGCCCAUCUAAAGAGGGCCUACGAAGAGUACCUGCAUGAAUUUGGCUCCUGCCGCUGUGCCCCCUGCAGGAACAACGGAGUGCCCAUCCUCCAGGGGACGUCCUGCCUCUGCCUUUGCAAGGAGGGGUACAGGGGCGUAGCCUGCGAGGAAACUAAUAGGAAAGGUCCGACCCAUGGAUCCUGGAGUUGCUGGAGCCCUUGGUCAACCUGUCAGUCAAAUCAGAAAACUAGACAACGUCAGUGCAACAACCCAACACCCCUAAACGGCGGACGUCCUUGCCUGGGUCAAGCUACGCAGACGCACAGCUGCUGACCUCACUUUCUCUUCGUUUUGAAAUAUUUGUAAAUUCAUUUAUUUUCCUUUUUUUCAAUACAGAAUACCCAAAUGUAGUUGCAGGUCCAUCCAACUGUAGCACGGCGAACAGCAUGAACAUUCAUCAAAAUGCAUGUGGCUAACUGUCACUUUUCAUUGUGCAGCCCACCAGCCAUAAACUGUUAUUAAACCUCCAAA